CAUACGACCUUAUACGACGACGGUUUUGUCCCGCAUCUGAAACCAUUCAUUCAUCUUUACCACCGGAAUCGAAUUUGUUCCUCAAUUAUCUGUUUAUUGAAUAUUUUCCUCUCACAGAAAACGCUACAUAAACCGACGGUUCUGUUGCACACGAAGCGCCAAUGGCAAUGACUUCUCUCCAUCUUCUCAAACCCCCAAUUUGCACCAGAACACGAAGCACUCGUGUCCCGAUCAAUGUGGCUGCAGCGCGUGGGUGCCUUAGCGUGGACGCAAACGCAGCAGAUCCAUUGAAGGCUGCGGUGGUGGUCGGGAGCCAGGAGGUUCUGGAGGCGGAGCAGAAGGUGAUGGUGGGAACGUACAAAAGACCGCCUCUGGUGGUCUCCAGUGGCAAAGGUUGUAAACUGUACGAUCCUGAAGGGCGAGAAUAUUUGGAUUUGUAUUCUGGGAUUGCUGUCAAUGCUCUUGGACAUGGGGAUCCUGAUUGGAUACGGGUUGUCACAGAGCAAGCCCAUACUCUUACGCACGUCAGCAAUGCCUUCUAUUCCAUCCCUCAGGUGGAGCUAGCAAAGCGUCUGGUGGCUUGCUCAUUUGCUGAUCGUGUCUUUUUCUCCAACUCAGGAACAGAAGCAAAUGAAGCUGCCAUUAAAUUUGCAAGAAAGUUUCAAAGAUAUUCUUUCCCUGAUAAGAAAGAGCCUGCAACAGCAGAAUUCAUCUCCUUCACCAACAGCUUCCACGGAAGGACAAUGGGAGCUGUUGCUUUGACGAGUAAGGAGUAUUACCGGUCACCAUUUGAGCCUGUCAUGCCUGGAGUUACUUUCUUGGAGUAUGGAAAUAUUGACGCUGCACGAAAACUAAUUCAAUCUGGAAAAAUUGCUGCCGUGUUUGUCGAACCUAUCCAGGGUGAAGGUGGCGUCCAUAGCGCAACUAAAGAAUUUUUGCAGCCGUUGCGCGGUGCUUGUGAUGAUUCGGGGUCACUACUGGUCUUCGAUGAGGUACAAUGUGGCUUGGGGAGAACUGGUUAUCUCUGGGCGCACGAAGCUUAUGGUGUAGUCCCCGAUAUAAUGACGCUGGCCAAACCUCUUGCAGGAGGGCUUCCCAUGGGAGCUGUAUUAGUCACCGAAAAGGUUGCUGCUUCAAUAAAACAUGGGGAACACGGAAGCACAUUCGCUGGAGGGCCGCUUAUUUGUGCUGCAGCCCUUGCCGUUUUGGACAAAAUCUCAAAGCCUGAGUUUCUAUCGAGUGUCUCAAACAAAGGUCGGUAUUUCAAAGAACUGUUAACAAGGAAGCUGGGAACAAAUCCACAUGUGAAAGAAGUACGUGGUUUCGGGCUCUUUGUUGGGGUAGAGCUGGAUGUAUCUGCUUCAGCGCUUGUGGAUGCCUGUCGAAAUUCUGGCCUGCUCAUAAUAACAGCGGGAAAAGGAAAUGUUCUCAGGCUUGUGCCCCCAUUGAUUAUCUCUAAGCCAGAAUUGGAGCAUGCGGCUGAUAUUUUGCUUGAAUGUUUGCCAGUCCUUGAUGCCUCAGAUUGAAGUUAAAUUAACUGUCACCAUUUAGUUUUGAGAAGUGAUUUUCUCACUCUCUUUUUCUUAACUACACUCUUCUCUUUCGUCCUAGCCUUUGAUUUCAAUAAAUCAAGGGACAAAACCAAGUGGAGGAGUACAGAAGGAGAGA